GCAGAGAGAGAAGGAGAUUCCUCUCUUAGAAAUUAACCUGAGUUGUUUGCACAUCAAAUGAGUGUUUCUUAUAUAUCAUCAGAGAUCAAGUUUGUAUUUGUAACACCACAAAGAGAGAUUCAUAUCAUCAUAUCAUAACCAGUUUUGGAGUUUAACUUGGAAUUCCUACUGCUGAUUAGUCUCAUUCUGAUUCGAAGGAGUCAUCAAUCUUGCAUUGAGGGGACAACGAUGAACGGUGAUCAGAGGAAGGAGAGGCCACGUGGCAGGUUCGCAACGGUGGAUGAAGGUGGCGGGGAUUUGAUCAAGUGCUCGGGCAAGUAUUGCCGCUCAUGCUGCGGCGGCUACGUGGCGGAUUGCGUCGCCGUCUGUUGCUGUCCCUGCGCUGUGCUGCAUUGCUUCGCCUUGGCCCUUUUAAAGGGUCCAUGUGUGGUGGGAAGGAAGUGUUUGGGGAGGAAGAAAAAAAACAAGAACAAGAAAAACAAGAAAGUCAACAAAAGGGGUCAUCAUCAUGGUGGUGAUGAUGUUGUGCUUGAGAGAAACACUCGUGAAGGUAAUAGUGGUAUUGUUUGUGAUUCUCUUGGGAAAAUCGAUAGUGGGUUUGAUGGUGAUAAGGUUUGGAGGGAGCUUUAUCAAAUUCGUCAUUUGGAUUUUGGGAGGGUUUCUUCCUCUCAUGAUGAUUAGUUCUUUGGAUUCAUCAUUUUGGGUUGGGGGAGAGAGCCAAUCCACAACACCAUGGAAGAUUCAAGAUGGUAUUGUUUAACUGGUAUUUUUUUUUUUUUUUUUUUUUUAAGGAUUGAGGUUUAGGACUUACAUGUUUUUAGUCUUUAUAAAUAUUAAAUAAUGUUUGAUUUUGGUCUUUCAAAAUAAUCUCAUCUCUUGUUUAUAGAAAUGUAUCUUUUUGUUUCAUAAAAGUUUACCACAUUUUGGUUCGUUUAUAAAAGUAAAAAAUCACAUGUGAUGCAUUUUUAUAGUUGGAGUUAAGAGAGAUGAUUUUGUUUUGAAGAACUAAAGAUGAAUAUUAAUUGUCUUAUUUACUAGGACUAAGAACAUGUUUGAGGCUAACUUUGAUAGGUUGGAAAAUGUUGAUUUCGCAAUUUGGCAUCAUUGUACAUGUCUCCCGCGCUCUUUGAUUCAAUUGCACACUUGUUGAAUUAUUAGGAUUUGAAUUGGGGACAUGUCUUUUUAGCUUUGAUCCGUGAACUUUGUCUAUACAUUGUUGUCUUUGUUUCAUGUGUGGGAUCUUUAGGGCAAAGUGGGAUGAAAUAUUUUGUAAGUAGUGGCAUUAAGACUUUUGGAACAUUUUGUUUUGUGGUCUAAUUAAGACUUGGGAUAAGAUGAUAUCCAAUAAAAAUUGGAGUUAGACUGUGUGUUAGGACAACUUAGAGAGGGGUCUUUACUCUUUGUGGUUAUUUUACCUUUUGUAUUAACUUCAUAAGAAGUUUGGAAGAUAUUUUCUUCUCCAAUGUUAUGCUUUAUCUACAGAUCUAUAAAUGGAAGUAUUUCUACUAA